UAGGCGUGGGAAUUACUAAGAUUUUUCAGUUCAUAGCGCGAACAUGUCGAUAUCGGUGCUGGCGUCCAGUAGGCGAGCAGGCAUCUCACCGUUCGUCAAGAGAUAUGUCCGUGGCUACGCUCGAAAACCAGAAGAAACCAGCGAUCCCAAAAAGGAGGCUAUUCGUCGAGCCAUGUACCCUUCCAACCUCCGAAACCGCGCUACGCCAACUGGAGGAUGGCGACGUGAUGUUGGACGGGCACUACAACAUGCUAUACCGUCUGUGCCGGCUCACGAAACCAUCGAGCGAGCAUGGCUGCUGCAUAAGAGGCACGUUAGGAAACAGAGGGACGCAGAGCUAGCUAGGAAGUUCGAGUGCAUGAAGCAGGCGAUGGAAGAGCUGGCAGAAAUCGACCCCCAUCUUUAUUAUGAAGCGAACAAGACUGAGGAUCUAAGGGAGAGGAGUCGCGCAGAGGCCGAGGUGGCGAUUGGCAUGAAGGCUUCAGAGUUGAAGGCCCUGGACGCGAGGAUUCAUGGACUAUUUCCUCGCGAGAUGCGAAUACCGACGGACACACCGUCGCGUAAUGGCUGGAACUAUGAGUGGAAGCCUUUCCCUCGGCCACUUUAGGGAAGUGUCAUGUUAUACAUUGGCGAGGUUUAGGAGCGAAAAGUUUGCUAGAAAGUACAGAACGGAAGAGUCACUAGACACAGAAUCACCAUCGAUCAUCUCGAAUAGUCAUUGGAUCAGGUCCCAGGUCACCUCUACUACCUGUGCUAGUCUUCCCUAUGACAGCGUUGUGUACCGACUCGAUGGUCUCCGUCCACUGUUUCAGGGCCGUGUAACGCUUCUUCUCUAGACUUUGCCUGUGAGAACAAUGACGUUCAGCCGGGAAUACGAUUAAUACUGGUCAGCGUCCUUACUUUCGGUCCAAUUCGAGUCGCA